CGUUUCUUUAACCUCCACCGGCUAAUCCGGAUGAGGCGGUAGAGUUUCUGCACGUUUCAUUUACCUCCACCGAAUAAGGCGGUGGAGCUCCACCAACUCCACCAACUCAACCACCCUCUCGCCAGUGGAGCUGGUGGAGGUUCGGUAGAGGUAGGUCACUGCGCAUGCUCACUGCUUGACAGAAUGGCGGGAAGAGGACGGAUUUUCAAUGUAGGAUCUCCAACAGAGUGCAAUCUUGUCAGAACGCUCACAGGAGAUCGUUCCACUCCUUUGCUGUGGGCACCAAGUGGAUUGGCUAGGGAGGAGCCCCCUGUUCGUACGGAUGUCGUCAUGACACGCUUUUGUGAACCGUCUGCAGCUGUAGCUAUCUUCUGUAACAGCGAACAACAAAUUCAGAGGACUCCGGGACCUAAAGAGGCUGAGGGGAGACGUUCCAGUCUAACCCUACAUACUGAUUCGUCUUGUUCGUCUGCUGAUAGAAGCAGAUCAUCCACACCUGUAGCUACCAGCAUUGCAGCUACUACUAGUGUCCAUCAGUGGGGUAAAACGGAAACCUUGCUUCUUCUCAGUCUCUACGUGGUCCACAAAGAAGAAUUGACAGACAAGAAGACGAAGAAACGGUGUGUGUGGAAGAAGAUUGCAGAAGAACUGACAAGGAAGGGAUAUUGCGUAACUGGUUUGCAGUGUGAGAAUCGGUGGAAAACGCUGAAGGCAUUGUUCCGCCGCACAAUAGAUCACAACAAGAAAACAGGGCGGGACCCACGUACUUGUGAUUUCUUUGAAGAACUUAAAGACAUUCUUGGAGAUAGGCCUGAAGUAGAACCUGUGAGAGUAGCCAGCAGCUACAGCUAUGCUGAUGAAACUGCCAACAACAGCAGUUAUGAUGCCUGCUACCACGAUGAUACUGAACAAUUAUUCGAUGAUAAAGCAGAUGCUGAAGACACAGGAAAUCCACCAGCAGCCAAAAAGCAGGCAAGGGAGAAAGGACAAAACUCUGCCACUAACUCUACCAGAAAAGCUGGUAGCAAGAGGGACAUAGUUCAGCUCAUUGAACAGAUCGAACAGCAGAGAUAUGAGCAGGAAAAGGAAAAACUGAAGGUCCUCAAAGAAAUGCAAACAGAGAGGAUGACUGUAAUGAAAAGUCUUGUGGACACUCUCAAAGUUAUUGCAAACAGACGUUGAUUGUG